AUGAAGAUUUCUACCAUCGCCCUCUUCGUCUUCGGAGCUGCUGCCGCUGUGCCCUCCAACAAGGCCCCCGCGAAGCCUGUCGAGGUAGCCAGCACCAACGAAAAGGCCGCCUGCUCCAUCCAGUGCACUUUGUGGAACCGAAGCUGCCUCAAUCGCCCCUGGUCCUACUCUUGCGAUGACCGCGGCAACUUUCGCCGUCGCGCCUGGCACCCUGACUGUGAUAAGUACUGCUGGUGCAAGUGCGACUCCAAGGCCUAA